AAUAACGAAAAGUCGCCCUUAGGCUAUCACCGCUUUUCUUCUAAAGACCAUCGUGUCGACUUCUACUCUGGGCCCUCUGCUCAGUCACCCAGUAUCUGCAUUCAUUACAAGUCCAGAAUUUACGGUCGCCAAUUCAGAGCCCUUUCGAUGCGAUCCUUCUUCAACAAGCCGUCUUGGGCAAGCAGGGGAGACGAAACUCAGGAUCUCAAGUUUUACCAACAUGCUAGUCAAGUGUACAAUGAUAUAGUUUCCGCGAAUCAGAAUGCGCGACGUGCCAACCAUAUCCAAGAAACCGAAACCAAACGGCGACGUACACCCACUGAGAAUCAUGGUGGUGACACAUUACCGCUGGGGACCUGCAAACCCUCUGACGAAUCUCUCAGUCAUCAAUCGCCGUCCGAUGGCAACGCUUCCAAUUGCAGAUCUGUACAGCGAAGCGAAGAUCAGCUAGACAGCCAAGCAUUAGAUGCUUUACCGCACGGACCAGGAGUGACAAAUCCCAGUGGUGUUGACCACCUGAUGCCUGGGUUGGCGUCAAAAUCUCGGAACGAGAUUGUAACUCCUGACACAUCGGCUGUAAAGAAUCUUAGUGGAGGCAAGAGAACUUGCAUUGAUACGAUAGUCCAGAUCCUUAUCACCUCGAAAAUCAGUAACACCAAGCCGCUCAUAGUUCGCCGAAAAAUGCACCAGUCACUGAAAGAUGUGCGCCUUGCAUGGUUGAAACGUCAAGACCUACCGAAGGGACUCGAGUCUUCUAUCUUCCUGACUUGGAAAGGGAAACGCCUUUUCGAUGUCACCACAUGUCGCAGUCUGGGAAUUGGACCCAAGGGUCGACGUGCGCUUGGGUCUGUUGCCUGUGACUCUCUACGAAGUGACAGUUCUGACCUGCAAAUUCAUAUGGAAGCCGCUACUGAAGAUUCUCUUGAUCUUGAUAACGGUCAGUCAUUGUCUUCCGCCAAGCCAGCGCCAGCGCCAGGUAUAGACUUGGACAGCGGCGAGCGAUGUUCAAAAGACAUCGUUUUGAACGCCCCGGGGCUAGAUGAUCUUAGAUUGAGAGUGAGUCUCCAAAUGCAGGUCUCACAGCUGAUCCGCCUAUUCCGCGAUGCAAGACAGAUCCCACUGGAGCAUGAGGUUUACCUUGUAUUUGAUGGUGAACGCUUAGACCUCGGACAUGCUCUUGAAGACUAUGAUCUUGCAAAUGAUGAUCUCCUGGAUGUAAUAGUCAAGUGACAAUUUUUCAGUGAUCACAAACUUAUUUUUCUUAUGACGUUUGCACAUUCCUUGUAUCGGCAAUAUGGUAUAGCACGUGAU